AUGGCGGCCUCAAAAACGCGAACUAUUAAAAACAAACAUGCCGCCCCAAAGGGUGCCUCCUCCAAAACCGGGGGCAGUGCCGGUGGCAAGCGUUCUGCUACCGACGGCAUCUCGAAAUCGAAAAAGCCCAAGGGCCCCGUCGUUUCGCAGCAAGUCAAGGAAAAGAAUCGCGCGGCGCUUCUAAAAAAGCCCAAGAAGAAGGUCUACACGGAGGCGGAAUUGGGUAUUCCCACAUUGAAUAUGGUAACGCCUGUUGGCGUUGUAAAGCCCAAAGGGAAGAAGAAGGGCAAGGUCUUUGUCGAUGAUGAGGAGAGCAUGGGGACCAUCAUGGCAAUAGUUCAAGCCGAAAAGAACGGCGAGAUCGAGUCGAAAAUGAUCAAGGCAAGACAGAUGGAAGAGAUCAGGGAGUCGCGCAAGCUCGAAGCUGAGAAGAAGGAGCAGGAAAAGAAAUCAAAGUUGGAGGAUGCAAAGGAUUCAUUGAGGAAGAAGAGGAAGAGAAAGAGUGGUGGCGAGGAAGAGGAUUCGGUUAAGACGUUGGCAUCGGCAGGGUCGAAAGCUGCCAAGUCAAAGAAGAAGGUUGCGUUUGCAUGA